AUGGCUUGGCUGGAGGAGGAGUUUGGCUACAUCUUGGCCAAGAUCGGCCAUAGCAAUCCAAGGUAUUCCACUUGUUCUAGUUUAAUGAGUGAAGAUAGUGUUAGCUAUGAAUUAGUUGAAGAGGAUUAUUUAGACUACGAUAUUGUUCCAUCUGAAGAAGAAAUCAAUGAUCUCCGGAGUAUUGCUCGAAGGAUGGACUCUGUUCAGUGCGUUCAGGUUUACAGGAGAGUAAGGAAGGGUGCAGUGGACGUGUGUUUUCAACGUCUUGGCAUCGAGAAAUUGAUCAUUCAAGAUGUCUGGAAGUUGGAGUGGCAAGUGUUGGAGGUGAAGAUCAGACAGUGGAUUCGUGCAGCCAAGUUUUGUGUUCGAAUUUUCUUUCCCAAAGAGAAGCAACUCUGCGAGCAAAUCUUUGGAGGUCUUGUAACUACUGUUGUAGUUGAUUUCUGUUUUGCAGAAAUAGUUAGAGAUGGCUUAGUUCAGUUAUUUGACUUUGUGGAUGUCAUAAGUAGUAGUGGCCGAUCACCACCGGAGAGGCUGUUCAAUUUUUUAGAUCUCCACGAGGCGUUGUCUGAACUUUUGCCUGAGCUGGACAUUCUUUUUCAAUCAAAUUCAGCAGGACCUAUUGAAAUUGAGGUUGUUGAGUCACCUAUCCGAAUCAGGGCCGUUCAGGUACUUUCUCGGCUCACGGAGGCAAUCAGAGGGGUUCUAUUGCAAAUGGAGAAUGAUUUGUGUCAUGAGUCGUCGGCGAUUCCAGGUGGGACUAUUCACAGCUUGACUAGGUAUGUGAUGGACUAUAUUACUCGGAUCUCUGAUUACAAGCAAUCUUUAACUUCAUUAAUUGUAUCUAUGCCGUCAGCAUUGGACUUAUUAAUAGAACUUGAGGGGCAAAGUCCAUUGGCACUCCAUUUAAUUUAUCUCAUUGAGAUUUUAGUAGGCAGAUUGGAAAUCAAGUCCAAGCACUAUGAAGAUGCACAUUUGUUCAUGAUGAAAAAUGUCAAUUACAUUGUUGAGAAAAUUAGAGAUUGUCCAGAGUUGAGGAUGAUGAUUGGCGAUGAUUUUGCAAAGAACUUGAUUAGGAAAGUGUCGGGGGCUCGGAAGAUGCCUGUAGUUCAUUCAAACACCAGGAAGGUUCUUCGCAUUUUGAAGCUGCUGUUCGAGGCACUCAAAGAGCAGGAAGGUUCGUCGCAUUUGGAAGGCACGGAAUAUACUGUUCGCGAUACUAUUUUUUGCAGUUGUGAUUGGGCGGGCUUCCAGGCCCAAGAGAAAAAUGAUUUACAAACCUAUAAGUGA